AGGGAGGGAGGGAGGGAGGGAGGGAUGCGGCUGAGCGACAACGUGAGCAUCCGCGUGGCCCCGUGUCCUCGCCAGCCUGCGGGGAUGCAGACACGGGAGGUGCACACACACAGAGGGGGCAGCCACUGGGAGCCGGGGUGGCUCUUGGGGUGCACAGGGCUGAGGGACAGGAGAGGGACCCGCAGCGACUUGCAGGGGCGAUGCCAGCGCAGUUCUCCCACCCUGUUGCUUCGCCCCGCUGCCUGUGCUGCAGCGCUGCCCGCGCCAGCUCCCUGCCUGAACUGGCAGCAAGCGCUGCCGGGCAGUGGGAGGCACCGGCCGCUUGGCCACCCCGUCCCAGGCACGGUGCUCCCGGCCAACAAUGAGCCCAGCCAGCUCCUUCCCCACGCCGGAGGGGGGGCCCGCAGCUGCCCUCACGUGGGGCCGAAGGGACCAGGAGUGCAGCACCCCCGGGGAUGGGUGCUGAGGGUGCUGGGUCCUUGGCCAGAGCCUGGGGAUGGGUGCAGAGGGCAGGCACUGCUGUUUGCUUUGGCCCCCGCCUGUGCUGAUGGCCAAAUGCCGGGAAAGGGCCCUCAGAAGGUUCAUACUCCCACCCCAGGCUCAGCAAACAGAACAAGUGGCACCUUGGCAGCCGGGGUGGCCCCCGCCUCCUCCCACUCACCUGGCACCCUAUAAAUCCCCCGGCUCUGGGUGGCGAAGGGACAGGAGCCGCAUGGCGAUGGAAGGUGAGAUGGACAGCAGCUCCAAAGAGCCUCUGAUGGAGGAGGCACCCCCGAGUUACACGGCCUCCCCCCGCCUGCCCUGCAUCCCCCACCAGCUCAAGUGCCUCCUCGUGGUGGUGGUGAUGGUGGUCGUCCUCGUGGUGGUCGUCGUCGCCUUCCUCCUCCUGGGGCUGCACAUCACCGAGACGCACGCCGAGACGGUCUUGCGAAUGACCAUCCAUGGCCUGGAUGGUGAAGGGACCCCCCAGCACCUCUCCAUGAGCAAGAAGGAACGGACCGGGACGUUUGCGGUGCGGGACGGGCUCAACGCCUCCGCCGUGGUGGUGUACGACUACAGCAAGCUGCUGGUCAGCUACAGGUCCUGGCGUCACCGCGCCUGCUACAUCACCCGUGUGGACAAGGACAAUAUUCCGGGGCUGGACGCUGUCACCGAGACCUUCCAGCGCUGGCAGGCUGAGAUGAAGGAAGCCAGUGGCAACGCCGAGCCCCUGGCCGACCGCUCCAUCCUGGGCACCACCGUUAACAUCCUCUGCAGCACCGUCCCUGUGUACUGGGCGUAGCACCGGCUGGGGUCAGGCCGGGGGGCACACGGGGCAGCACGAUGGGGUUGUCACCGUCCCCGCGCUCCCCCCGUUGCCUCCCAGAUCUCUCUCCUCCUCCCCAGCCCCAUCCCGGGGGGGCUUCAUCUGCAGCUGCGCGGCACCGUGGCGUUCUUGUGGCACUUGCAAUAAACGAGUGGGAUUUGC